AUGAAUGGUAAGCUUGGUGGAGAAUGUGGCUUCAUCAACCAAUCGAAGUUGCUUGCCUUCAACUUUCUCUGGGUAUUCAUCAAAUACUCUCUAGUAAGGCUCCGUCGCUCAACAUCCCUACCCUCCGCCGCCGCCGCCGCCGAUAACCAACACUCCCAAAUCCCAAUUCCCAAACCUCCUUCGAAUCGAUCUCAGCUCACUAGAAAUUUCCAUCCUUGUUCCAUCUGUUCCAUAUCCCAUAACCAUCAAAUUGUCAUCCAAUACGAAAAUUUUCAAUCAAAUCCAUCGUUUGUCAAACGGACUUAUUUACAGAUUGAAUUUGAAUCAUCAAAUCAAAUGGCGUUAACAAACUUGAUAUUGACGGUGGCAGGAGUCAGUGCUGUGAUUUUAUUGAUGAGGAGCGAUGUAAAACAAUCUGCUUCUAUUUUCAAACGCAACGUUCGUCAAAUUCGCCACUGGCUCGAAGAAGAAUCCGCUUCUGCAGCUAAGGAAAUGGAGAAGGCAAAACCCAAGGAAUUACCUAAGAAAGAUACCCCCAAGAGUGAUUAGAGAUGAAUGAUAUCAAAUGAUGGUAUUGGUAUUAAGAAAGUAUGACCCACCUAAUAAAAUUAGAAUGAUUUUCUUGUAUUAAGAAAGUUUUUUAGCUAAAUUUGUGGAAGUGAAGCAUUUUAAUCCCAAUUUCAUUUCUUGAAGGUUGUUAUCAAUCAAUCAUAUUUAUAUUAUUUGCCUUCAUAAACAGCUUUACAUAUAUUUUUGCAUGUGUUUGUGGCUAUAUCUAUAAAAAGAAUGUCUUUUUGCU